AUGUAGGAUAAUGAAGUUGUCCCCUAUUUUUGUUUGAGCAACGUUUCCAAGGAUAAUACAGGUUUUUUGUAUGUAAAUAAAAUACAAUAAAUGAGUGAGUGGCUCUCCAUGUGAAGCAGAGAACAAGAGAGAAAGUACAUGGAAGUUUCAUGAGCAAGUGUUUAUAUAUUAACGUUCACGAGUCAUCUUCCAAAGGCACAAAACCAAGAAUUUCUAUUAUGUCUCUUCCAAAGUAUGACGUCUUCAUGAGCUUUAGAGGAGACGACACUCGUGACAACUUCACGAGUCAUCUUUAUGCAGAAUUGCGUAGGAAAAAUAUUGAAACAUUCAUAGAUUAUAGACUUGGCAGAGGGGAAGAGAUUUUCCCAACUCUUUGCAAUGCAAUAGAAGAAUCAGCUAUUUAUGUGGUUAUUUUGUCCCAACACUAUGCUUCUUCCACUUGGUGUUUGGAAGAACUCACAAAGAUACUCGAAUGUAAGGAGAGACAUGGAAGGAAAGUGAUUCCUGUCUUCUACAAGGUGGAUCCGUCAACUGUUAGACAUCAGACACAGAGUUAUGCAGAUUAUUUUGUUAAACAUCAACAACGAUUUGGCGACAAAGUGGAUGCAUGGAAGGCUGCUCUAACCCAAAUAGCUAAUCUUUCUGGCAUGGAUUCACACAAAAUCAGGCCAGAUAGCAUACUUGUUGAAGAGGUUGUGAAAUAUAUUUCAGAACAAUUGAAUCAUUGUGUCUCAAGUGAUUAUGAAGGAAAUGUUGGAAUUGACAAACAUGUUGAAAAAAUCCAAACCUUGUUGCACCUUGAGUCAUCGUCUGUUCGUAUCAUAGGAAUAUGGGGCAUGGGAGGGAUAGGAAAAACAGAAAUUGCCAGUGCAAUAUAUGAAAAACUUGCAACUCAUUUUAGUUCUAGAAGCAUCAUUAUAAAUGGUCAACAAGAAAUAGAAAGAGAUGGGUUAGAUCAUGUAAAAAGAAAAUACUUAUCACGCCUUCUAGAUCAACAAGACAUUAUAUCCUCUAGAUUAAAUUUUUCAUUUGAUCCGAGGCUCAAACGGACAAAGGUUUUUCUUGUUUUUGAUGAUGUGAAAGAUUCUGAUCAAUUUAAUGCUUUAAUUGGAACACGUAGUAAUUUUGGCCAAGGAAGUAGAAUCAUUGUGACUAGUAGAGACAAGCAAGUGCUUAAGAAUUCCAAUGUUGAUGAAAUGUACCAAGUAAGGGAGAUGGAUUUUCAAGAUUCUCUAAAACUCUUCUGUUUAAAUGCCUUUAAGCAAAAAGAACCAAUAGAAACUUAUGUGAGCUUAACGAAAGAGGUAUUAAAUUAUGCUAAAGGAGUUCCAUUAGCUCUUAAAGUUUUGGGCUUAUUUCUUCAGGGUAGAACAAAGGAAGUAUGGGAAAGUGAGUUGCAAAAGCUCAAAAAGAUUCCCAAUCCUAAAAUUUUUAGUAUGUUGAAAUUGAGUUUUGAUGGACUUGACGACGAACAAAAAGAUAUAUUUCUUGAUAUAGCUUGCUUAUGUAUAGGGAGGUUUGAGAAACGUAUAAUUCAUACAUUAGAUUGUUAUGGUUAUUCUACUCGUAUUGGAAUGGAUGUUCUCCAAGAUAUGUGUCUUAUAUUUAUUUUUGAAGGAAGAGUUUGGAUGCAUGAUCUAAUACAAAAAAUGGGACAUGAAAUUGUUCGACAACAAUGUGUCAAUAAUCCUGAAAAACGUAGUCGAUUAUGGAAAUCUGACGAUGUAUAUGAUGUUUUAAAAAAGGACAAGGUAAGUUCUUUAACCCUUGAAACAUCACUUGAUAACUCAUUCUCUAUCUCUCAUGAAUUUUAUUCCAAAUGUAAAAAUAUUGCAUUUCAUAGAAUCUCUUUUGGACAGGGAACGGAUGCAAUCCAGAGCAUAUUGUUGGAUGUAUGCCACGUAAAAAAAGUUCAGUUACAUGCUGAAACCUUUAAGAAAAUGUAUAAUCUCCGAAUGAUCGAAUUCUAUAAUUCUUGCCGGGUUCAAGAUGACUCAAAUGUGACAUUUCAUACAUUUCUUAAUAGUCUUCCGAAUAAUUUAAAAUUUCUUAGAUGGGAUUGUUUUCCUCAAAGAUCUUUGCCGCAAGAAUUUUGCCCAGAUAAUCUUGUUACACUUGAUAUGCAUUUGAGCGAUCUUGAACAACUUUGGGAGAAAGAUAAGACCUUACCAAAUUUGAAGAGACUUGACCUUAGCUAUUCUAAGAAGAUGAUUGGAGUACCAGACUUGUCUUUGUUUCCAAAUAUUGAAGAAAUAAUUCUUAGUGGUUGCGUAAGUUUGGAACAAGUUUACUCCUCUAGCUUCCUCCACAAACUUAACUGGUUAUGUUUAGAUGGUUGUACAUCACUCAAGAGUUUAAGUAUUCAUAGCAAUAUUCUAUCAAGAUCAACUGGAUUAGUUGCUCUCCAGGGUUGUAACAACCUUGAAACAAUUUUAAUCACUGAUGCAACUGAUGUGGUUCAAUUAUACAAUUGUUUUCACUCUUAUGGAUAUUUCAACUGCAAAUCAAUAUUCAUGUUUGAUGAUAAAAUGGUAACCCAAACAUAUUUUGAGGGAGGCUACAGGAUUGGGGAUAUGGAUAUAGAGCCAAAUAUGUUUUCAAUUAUCAGUGAACUUUGUUGGUUAGAUCUUUCAUUUUGUAAGUCCCUAACAUGCCUACCAGCUGAACUUUUAAAUUUGAAGUUUGUAACAAGACUUAGUCUCAGUGGCUGUUUAAAGUUGGAAGAGUUACCUGAAAUUGAAGACACUACGGAAAAUUUAAAAGUGCUUAACUUAAAGAAUACAGCAAUUAAAGAACUACCUUCUUCGUUGCAUCGUUUGAUCGGGCUUGAAGAAUUGGACUUGCAAGGUUGCAGAAAGCUUAAGACUAUUCCAUCUUCCAUUGGAAAUCUCAGCAAACUCCUCAAAUUAGAUCUUACUUACUGUGAAUCACUUGAAACUUUUCCAAGCAGCAUUUUCAAAUUGAAGUUGACAAAACUUGAUUUUUGUGGUUGCUCAAUGCUUAGGACCUUUCCAGAAAUCCCAUGUGACAUUGGUGAAUUGUCAUCCUUGACUCAAAUUUCAUUGCGAGGAACCAAUAUUGUGAACCUUCCUGAGAGUAUGGUUCAUCUCUCAAAUUUGAAAUCACUUGAUUUAAGAGAUUGCACAAGCCUUGAAUGUAUUCCAAAGCUUCCGCCAUUAAGAAAGUGGUACCAAAUACAUCGUUGAAACUCAUGUCUGAUUCCAAUGAAUAAAGUUGAUAUGGAUUCAAAUUAAGCUUUAUAUCUGAUGAUGGAAAGUUUGAUUUGGAAGCGGGAAGGUAGAUUUAUCAUCCGAGAUCAUACAUUCCUAUGGAAAUAUCAAUUAGACCGAGCAAGCAUUGGCAACAACCUCAUUCAUGCCCAAAGCUUCACUUUUGAGAUCCUAGGUGAUGAUUAUGUUAGGGUCUCAGAUUAUCAAUUAAACGUAACAGUGAAAAGAGUGUGGAAUACGUCCUCUGUAUAUUCCAAAGAAUCGAAUGCCAGCAAUAUUUGAGUUGGAUGCCUAGUUGUUACAAGUAAAUUAAGUAAUUUUUCUUUUGUGAAUAAAUUGUCUUAUCACCAAUAUUUUUCUGUUGCAAGCUUUUAUGGAUUCCACACAUGUUUUGAAAUGUCCAGUAUCGACAAUUAAGCAUAUGUUAACUUGCUUUGCUUUUCCAUGACUACAAUUUCCAUUAUCUGUUACCAUUUUGGCUACAAUAAAUUUUUAGAAUUGUUUGAGUAAAUAAAAUCCCAAGUUUACAUGUUAAUUAAUGUUUUGACUUAGGUUGGUGCAUUUAGUUGAUCAACCUAGAGCAACUAAUCUCAUGGUAUCAUUGAUCUUGUCAAGCUAGUUAACUUUGAUUUUACUUUUCGUAUUGAUUGAUUUUGGUAAAUAGAUAACAAGUUGUUAUUUGUAUUUCAGAUAUUUGGUGGACCCAACUCAGAAACAUCAUUUUCUGCACUUCAAGGAGAACACAAAUCAAUCCUUGUCAUAGAGGCUGCUCAU